CAUUGGCCAGCAAGAAUUAAGCCUGUUGUGACAGGUGGUGCAGUCGUCAUUCGGCCCAUUGAUCGUCGAUGGCGUCCGGUAGUAGUGAAGAACUUAGCUACGUCUGGGAGGAGAAUGUGUUUCCCGACGAUCCACCUCCCGUCCCGAACUACCGCUUCGCCAGACCACGCCACCGACACAAUUUUACAAGAGAAGAUACAGAAGAAAUGAUUGUAUCAAGGGAUUACGCAGGGAUAAUCAUCGGAAGAGAUGGCAACACGGUCCGGAAGAUCGAGGAUGACACACGUGCGUACAUCGUCCUACGUGAUAUUGGUAACGUAACCACCGUGGAGAUCUUUGCGGGAAGAGAAGAAGCACGCCGCAAAGCACGGGAACGCAUUGAAAAACUGACACAGCCGCCGAAGCUUGAAACGUGCUUCGUGAAAAAAGAACCCGACAUGGAAGAAAAAGUACGACCUCUGAUAAACUGGGCCGAGCUGCUUGCAAAAAGUGAUGAAGCAGAACGGACGCGCUGGGCCAACUUUCCACCGGUAAGGAAAGAUUUCUACAUCGAGCAUCCCAAUGUUGCGCGCAUGACUGCAGAAGACGUAGAAAAAUUGAGGGCAGACUAUGAUAUAGUUGUCAAGUAUCUCGGAGAGCAGUCGUGUCCACCCAUAACAACCAAGCCAGUAGAAUCAUUCGAACAGGCAUUUUCAAAGCAUCCAGAAAUUUUGGGGGAAAUCUACAAGAACAAAUUCCCGAAGCCGACUCCAAUUCAGAGACAAGCCUGGCCACUUCUGCAAGGUCAGGACCUGAUUGGUAUUGCACAGACCGGCACAGGCAAGACAUUGGCAUUUCUCUUACCUGCAUUGGUGCACGUCGACAACCAGGAUCUUCCAAGGGAGAAGAGGAAAGGGCCAACCUGUCUCAUCUUGGCCCCAACACGCGAACUCGCCCUGCAAAUAGAGCGAGAAACAAAGAAAUACAACUACCGAGGCAUAAAGUCAGUGUGCAUAUAUGGAGGUGGCAAUCGGCGGGAGCAGAUCGCAGCUGUAAAACAAGGUGUGGAGAUAGUAAUCGCGACUCCUGGCCGGCUUAACGACUUAGCCAUGAACAAGUACAUCGACCUGAAAUACGUGACCUUUCUCGUCAUGGAUGAAGCCGACCGCAUGCUGGACAUGGGCUUUGAGUUGGAAAUAAAGAAGAUUAUGUUGGACAUCAGGCCAGACCGCCAAACCGUGAUGACAAGUGCCACAUGGCCAGAGGACGUGCAUCGUCUGUCUAAAAAGUACACAAGCAACCCAUUCCAAGUCUUCAUUGGCUCACUGGACUUGCAUGCAGUUCACACAGUGACGCAAACUAUCAUUCUUUGUGAAGAGAUUGAGAAAAGACAGCACCUUUUCACUUUCCUCGGCUCCAUGCAGCCUCAAGACAAGGUGAUCAUUUUUUAAAGCACUAAAGCAAUGGUUCACCGUCUCACGGUCGAACUUGUCUUGGCUGGCACUGAGUGCGACUCCAUACAUGGAGAUCGUGAACAGCCAGACCGAGAAAGAGCCCUGGAUGAACUUGCAAGUGGGAAGGUGCAAGU